UUCCAAGCCGAUAGAUUAUGAGAAGGAGAGAGUCCGUAUCAGGGAGAGAAGAAAGGCAAGCAGCAGUGGCACCGUGUAUGCUGCCGGAUCAUUAAAGUCAGUGGCAGCUUUACUCACCCGUCUCUCAUCCACUUGCCCUAAGUUGGCACCACGUGUGCUGCUGCCUGCGCGCUGCUGUGUGUGACCCUGCGAGUGCUCGGUGCCCGGCCGCGUGUGAAGCUCUGCGCCCAGGAUCCCCCCCCACACACACAAGGAAAGUAAUCUGAUUGUCCCAUAGUCCCAUAGCAAUGGAGUUUCCUAAACAGACGGAAAUGGUAGAUAUGGGUCUGAAUGGAAAAGGGGGUUUAGGAACAGAAACCCCAGAACCUAGUUUUAGCGGAAAUGACAAUCAAGAACUGGAGGAGUUCCUGCCGCACGCCCAGGGGAAAGAGAAGCCACACUUCACUGAUUUUGAGGGAAAGACGUCCUUUGGCAUGUCAGUGUUUAACCUCAGCAAUGCAAUCAUGGGCAGCGGCAUCCUGGGACUGGCAUACGCUAUGGCCAAUACUGGGAUUAUCCUUUUCCUUUUCCUCCUGACUGCUGUGGCACUGCUGUCCAGCUACUCUAUCCACCUACUGCUAAAAGCAUCAGGAAUUGUGGGUAUCCGUGCCUAUGAGCAACUGGGAUAUAAGGCGUUUGGGACUCCAGGAAAGAUGGCUGCUGGUAUUGCUAUAACGUUGCAGAAUAUUGGAGCCAUGUCUAGUUAUCUGUACAUUGUGAAGUCAGAGCUUCCACUUGUCAUCCAGACAUUCCUCAAUCUCUCAGAGAAAACAUCAGAUUGGUAUUUGAAUGGCAACUAUUUGGUAGUCAUGGUCUCCAUCGCCAUCAUCCUACCCCUGGCACUGAUGAAACAACUGGGGUACCUGGGAUAUGCCAGCGGCUUUUCUCUCAGCUGUAUGAUUUUCUUUCUAUGCUCGGUUAUGUAUAAGAAGUUUCAGAUUCCCUGCCCUCUUGACUGGGCUAAUGCCAAUGGCACAAUGUUGGGGAAUAUGAGCCUGGCGGCAGUAGGCCAUGCGUAUCAGAACGGCCACAUUGAAAUCACAGAAGCUGAGGCAGGCGAAUGUGAACCCAAGAUGUUCACCUUAAACUCACAGACGGCAUAUACAAUUCCCAUUAUGGCCUUUGCCUUUGUGUGCCACCCAGAGGUUCUGCCCAUAUAUACUGAGCUGAAAGACCCCUCCAAGAAGAAGAUGCAACGUGUAUCUAAUAUCUCCAUUGCUGUCAUGUAUUGCAUGUAUUUCCUCGCUGCUCUCUUUGGAUACCUCACCUUCAAUGAUCAUGUGGAGUCCGAGCUCCUGCACACAUACAGCUAUGUGGAUCAAUUCGAUAUCCUGAUCCUGUGUGUGCGAGUGGCAGUGCUCACAGCUGUCACUCUCACUGUCCCCAUAGUGUUGUUCCCGGUGAGACGUGCCAUUCAGCACAUGCUGUUCCAGAACAAGGAGUUUAGUUGGAUCAGACACACCAUCAUUGCAGUGCUGCUGCUCACAAUGAUUAAUCUUCUGGUUAUUUUUGCACCAACUAUACUUGGAAUCUUUGGCAUAAUUGGUGCCACAUCUGCUCCAUGCCUUAUCUUCAUUUUCCCAGCCAUCUUCUAUAUUCGAAUUAUGCCGAAAGACAAGGAACCUACAAAAUCCACACCCAAAAUAUUGGCUGCGUGCUUUGCCGUCCUGGGGAUCCUGUUUAUGAUCAUGAGCCUGAGCUUUAUCAUCAUUGACUGGGCAACUGGAAGCAGUAAAAGUGGUGGAAGCCACUAACCUUUGAAAUAUCACUACUUACUCCCCCCAUUCCUUCUCCAAAAUGGGACUUCACCCAUCAUGGUGAUUUCAGUGCUGGCACAUCAUAGUUAUGGUUGCCAUUUGAGGAUAGACUUGUUUAAUGCACCCCUGGAAGGACCUGUUGUGGUGGCAUUAAUGUGUCUGCUAUUAACUGUAGAACUGGAAGAAUACAGAAGCUACAUGUCCCUGUGCUAAUAAGAGAGGGACUUGCUUCCUUCCUGUCUCAUCCUGUAGCAUUAGGGGACAUACUCCAUGGGUAGCAGAUACCUCCGUCUGUAUCGUUAGAACUGAACAAGGCUAUACCACAUUUCAUCUGGACAUUUGAAAGAUGCAAGAUAAAGGGGAAAUAAAUCGGUGUCUUGUGUGUUUUUAGCAUAUGUUGGAUUCAUAUGGUGCUUGGAGGUCCAGAUCCGAGCAUUUUAUCUCCUUGCUGUUAAAAGGAACCUACAGCACAAGCCAGUAUCAGGAUCUGUAUGCGGUCUUGCAAUACGAUCUCAGUCUUCACAAAUACAGAGUGUAACAUGUAAAUAGAAUUUUGGAACUUAAUACCUAUAAAGGUUUUUUUUGUAAGUGUUAUAAUGGCCCCAAAAUCUGCAUAAGUAUUCCACAGUAGAGGUAGCAUGGGAAAUAAAUAGAGGUUUGGUGGGAUGGAGCCGUAGAGGGAGCAACAGAUUUGGUGUCAUGAAGUCAUGAUAGAUAUCCUAGUGGGGGGAAUGAGUUACAUAUUAUAGUCAUAAGCAGGUCCAAGAUUGUAAUAAUGGUGGCAGCAGACCCAUCGUCCUAGUUAGUAAAGGGAUGAGUAGGAAUUCUGAAUGAUAAAAAUGCCUAGGGCUUGGAGGUUAUACAACAUUUUGUCGCUGCAGGGCCAGUGUAGUGUAACUUUUAGGUAGUGUUUGUGUGUGACAUGGGGAUUCUCUAUAAUAUUUGCUCGUCAGAAAACCAGAGUGGAAUCUAAAGGAUUGCUGUCUAUAGCAUGGUGAAUGGCCAAGUCACGCUGCAUUCUCAAUGUACCAUUAUUGCUGAAAUGUAGAAUGAAGAGCCCUGCCCAAUACUGGCCCCUUGUGUUGUGCCCUGAUAGACAGCUUAAGCUUGCAGAAAUCACAAAAAGUGCAAAACUGGUUCUGGGGAGUCAUACAAGUCCCUGGCUGGUGUUACAGACAGAACAAAACCUCUAGCCAUCAAAUCAAGUCACGUCUAGAGUUGGUGAAAGCCACCUAAAGGGCUUUGUCAGUCUCUGUGCACCCCUCUAAGCUCUGCUCUGUCUCACUGGGACACUAACACUCUCACACCUCUCAACUGGAAUUCAGCUCAACACUUGGAAAGGUUUUCCUAACUAAUUAAUAGUCUGCACAAUGAUGUCUAAGUGUGAAGGGAGAAGAAGCAGGAGACUGUGUGACAGCAGGGAGAAAAGAGCCUGGUGAGGCCAGAGGGGAACCUACAAAACAAAAAGGCAAAACCUUGCAAGACUUUGGGAAGAAACAUUCUGUCACUGGCUAAUUGCUCUUCCCUAGCGAGGAUCAGGGGGCACUAGAAGAACGAAAGGAAUCAUUGAC